GUUAAAAACAAUUUCGCAAUUCGCAUCUUUCGUAAAUUAAUAAUAAACUAAACAAUAAUUUAAAGAUAUAAAUAUAUAGGUGGUUGACUGAAAAGUGACGAUUUAAAUAUUAACUUACAUCACCAAAGAGUUGUUCUUCUGUUCAGGUUCUUGUAUUGUUUUGAUCCCGGUCCUCUCGUAUUGAUUUAUUGUAAGCUUGUGACCUGUAUUUCAUGUUUCAACGAAAUCUUCGUAAAUAUAAUUAAUUAAUGAUGAGCUGAGACUUUAUUCUCACUAUACUAGUAAUAUAGAAGCUGCAAUGCUAUUUGUGUUUGUGAGUGAUGGAAGACAGUACAAAGUUACUAAAGUGUUAGAAAUUAGAUGAGAUCUUAAGUAUUUACUUACGUUAUGAUACUCUAAUCCACAAUGAUGACGCCUAUUGAAGAGAAAAAGGAUGAGAAAAUUCGCACGGGAAUGGUGCAGGUGUCUGAUGGGAAGUCCCGGCCGCGGCCUGCGAGGCUGGUGCUCACCAUGGAUGCUGUCACCGUGCAGCGUGAGGUACUGGUGCCGCCGCCGGUGCGAGACAAGAGCGUGCCGCAUGCAAGGGAGCGUAUGGUGCAGAUAACGCGGCAGAAGGUGGGUGGGUUGGGAUUGAGCAUCAAAGGUGGCUCCGAGCACAAGUUGCCCAUCCUCAUCUCCAAGAUAUAUAAGGACCAGGCGGCCGAUCAAACUGGACAGCUCUUCGUGGGUGACGCCGUCAUCAAAGUGAAUGGAGAGUACAUAACGGCGUGCAAACACGACGACGCGGUGAAUAUCCUGCGUAACGCGGGCGAUAUCGUCGUCCUCACCGUGAAGCACUAUCGCGCCGCUACGCCCUUCCUGCAGAAGCAAGCGGAGGGCGCCUCUGAUACAGAUAGCAGUACCGGUGAUGAGCAUCCCUCCCCGCACGUACGUGGUACCCUCGACGACAACUGCAACUCCGAGAAGAUCGAAACCAACGGUGGAUGGCAGAGUGGCUGGAGUGAGGGAGAGUGCGAAGAAGGCAGCGCACGAACUUCUCGCGCGUCCUCCCUCACGUCGGCCGCAGACCCUUUGCAUCCCGCACACGAGGGCACCAGGGAGUGGGUGGACAUAGUGUCAGUGCCGCUCAUGAUGGGAUAUGUGACCCGCUACGUCUCGGGGACUGACAAGCUGAGGCCCGGCGCUUUUGAGGUACGUGGCGCGCGACCGCAGCAGAGUUCGGGAGUGCUACACGUGGACGAGCCUGCCGCACUGUCGCACUGGCUCAAGAGCGUGUCCGACAACAUCAUGGGACUAACCAAUCUACAGAUGAAGUUAUUUAACCGACACCUGCCGCGAGGCGAACGCAUCGAGUACAUGGGCUGGGUACAGGAGGGAGAAGUGCGCGGUGGCCAGCCCUGGCAGAACUACACUCCCAAGUUCCUGAUGCUCAAGGGCACCGACGUACUGCUAUAUGACACACCGCCCAUGAGUAUCACCGAGUUGACCAAGUGUCCGGAAAGCCUCAAGAUCUACCAGACAAUGUUCCGCACUGUAAAAGAGAGUGAGACAGUAGACUGGCGGCCGCACUGCUUCCUUCUGCAGAGCUCCAGCCCUGGGCCGUCACCGCCGGGCCCGCGGUAUUUCAGCACGGAGACGCGACACGAGCUGCUCAGGCUGGAGGCGGCAUGGACCGCUGAUGUCGUCGACGCGGUUAUCAGGCUUGGGAAGAAGACGUUCACUGUGGUGCACCUGGGGCGCGCUGCCGGCCUCACGCUGGACUGGGCCAGUGGGUUCUCGCUCGCUGAGGGUAGCGCAGGGGCGCCACCUGUCUGGGCAUACAGGUUCUCUCAGUUGCGAGGCUCUAGCGACGACGGAAAGUCUAAGCUCAAGUUACACUUCCAGGACACCGAGACCAAAGUUAUUGAAACAAAGGAGCUGGAGUGUCAGAUCUUGCAGAGCCUCUUGUUCUGCAUGCAUGCGUUCCUCACGGCUAAGCUGGCGUCCGUCGACCCUGCCUUCCUGGCGUCGCUGCACCGUGCGCCCUGAGGCACCCUGGCCCUCUACGCAUGACGCUGUGUCGACUUCCACUCGACACACGACUGUUUUUGAUUUUAAGAAACAUCCAUUAGGAGCCUACUAGUGAAAGGCUCCCUUGCACAGGAAGCCGCCUAGAUUAUGGGUACCACAACGCCGCCUUUUUCUGCCGUGAAGCAGUAAUGUGUAAGCAUUAUUGUGUUUCGGUCUGAUGGGCACGGUAGCUAGUAAAAUUACUGGGCAAAAGAGGACUGGACAUCUGUUAUGUCUCAAGGUGACGAGUGCAAUGAUUGUAGUGCCAAUCAGAAUUUUUGAGUAUUUGAAAAGUCUUGAGUGGCACUGCAUUGUAAUGGGCAGGGCGUAUCAAUAACCAUCAGCUGAACGUCUCUCCGUUUCUUCUCUGUGUGACGUAACAACGAAUGCUCACUUACGUAUAGACUGUGCAUACAAUUAUAUUUAAAGUCAUUUAGUAUGUUGUAACGGAUAUUAUGAUUCUUGUGCAUUAGAAGGUUCUAGUAUUUUUAAGAUCGCUUGAGGAGCCAGAGCACUUGGCGUAGGUACUGAACAGAAUAAUUCAAUUUAAAAAAGUUUUUACUGCAUGAGAAAUUUACCUUUAAAUUAAGUAGGUUUUAUCUAUAAAAAAUAUUAUUUAUGAUAAUAAUUAUUAUUCAAAACGUUAUAUAAAAUUAAUACUUACAUUAUCUUCUCAAAUGAUUUUAACCUUUUUGCUUUUCAUAAACAUCGAAAAAUAUUAGAACAAAUUGUAUAGUUACAUUAUUGUAGUAAAUGUCCAUAGCUCAUAGAUAGAUACAUAGAUUAAAAAUAUUACUCAAGUUAUAGAAAAUUUAUACAAAAAUUGAUUACUUUAUCGUAGGUCACACUGAGAGCCACUCAGUCAAUCUCACACACCUGUUAAAGCCUUAACACAUGGUCGGAUUUGGUACGGCCGGACCAUCGGAUGGUCCGUUGAGCUAGGGCGGACUCCUCGCACAAAUUGGUCCGGCGUCGUACUCGUUACGGUCCCGACGCAAAUAAUAAUAUUUUUUUGCGAUCUACAAUGGAAAAUACCAUCGAAUAUGAUCCGGUACCGGACCACGAGCGUUGGUUCGGCCGUACCAAAUUCGACUAUAUGUUUAGGCUAUUGGAUUUGAUCCACUACUUUCGAUAGACAAUAUAUUCCAUCAUCGGCAUUUGGGCAACGGAGGUCUAUUACAGAGUGGUUCUCGUAGUACCGAGGGGCAUGAAUACUUUCUAGAAACACGCCUUCAUCCGUAAAGAUCGGCAGCGCUUCUGUAUUGUCGUAAGGAGCUCGUUCUGCUUUCAGUAAUCUCCAUACGAAAUGAUAGUUCCGAGUUCCAGCGUAUCACAAUUACUCGAAUCUGACCGCUAUGGGAACAUAAUAGCACAGUAUAUUUGUCAGAUAUAAGUAAUAACAGUAUGGAAACUACGUGCAAACGUUAGAUAUAACGCACGCACACAUAAGCAGGUAUCUAGUCUCAUCGCGGCACGCGCAGCGCUCGUGCGACUAACAGCACUGCGAAGUCCACUUAUUGACCUUGUCAAGCCUGUCUCACUCCCCGUGUAGGUAUUGAAAUCGCAAGUACACGCGGCGGCCUCUACAGAGUAGGCCAGCGAGUAGGGACUCAAGAGUGAGCCGUGACGCACGCGCGAGUUUCGUUCACCUACUUCACCGAAACAUAAAAAAAAAACAAACCAUGUUAAGGAUAAUUGCAAUUGAAAUUUAAAUUUUUUAAGCUUCCCAAAGACCCUGACACAAUCUAACUUAUAAUCAAAAUUACCAAUCAUGAUAGCUUGGUAGCUAUUUAUUUCCUGUGCUAAGUAGGUAUUACUGUGUCGUGGUCUUCCAACACAUACAUUACUAUAUGCAACUAAUGUAGGUUUGUCAACGAAAUAAUAUUGUUUUAAAAUUACGAUUACAUACCUAUUUAUGUUAUAGAUAAGCAAUUUUUAUAAGAUGACCUUAUACUAGGUAGGUACAGUUUUGGGUAAAGAAUACAACCAUAUUGUCGUCAGAAUAGGUAAGAGUCACGGGAUAAAAAGAGAUGAAAUUUCUAUUUUUUUUUAUACAAUCACGCCUCUUUCCCUUAGGGGUCGGCAGAGACCACUUCUUUCCACUUGCUACGAUACUUACAUACUUGUUUCGCUUCGUCCACUUUCAUUAUUCCUUUCAUACAUGCUCUUCGGUUUAGGGUAGUGUUGACCUGGCCUUUUUUCAAGACGUCCCUGAUUUGAUCUCGAAACGUCCGCCUAGGUCUACCCCUUCCAACACUUUCAUUCACACUGGCCUUAUACACUUUCUUCGUCAAUCGUUCUUCAUUCAUUCUCUGGACAUGCCCAAACCAUUUCAGCAUACCUUUCUCAAUUUUUGUCACAACCUCUUCUUUCAGACCACAACGUUUCCUUAUCUCACUAUUUCUUUUCCUGUCACUCAGUUUAACUCCUAUCAUACUUCUCAACGCUCUCAUCUCAACUGCAUUUAUUCUGCUUUCAUGUUUCUUCUGCCAUACCCAACUUUCACUUCCGUACAUGAGUGUUGGAACCAACACCCCCUCAUGCACAGCCAAACGAGCCUUAUUAGACACCUUCUACCUGCACAUAAAGGAGUGCAAAGCUCCAUUCACGUUUCAUGUUCAUGUUUCCUGCAUUCACUCUUCUUUCAAUAUCACUCUCAUACUUUCCUUCAUGAAAUUUCUAGGUAAAUAAAAAUGUAGGAUAAUAGCGCUGUGCGAUCUGUACCUGCACCUUAUUGUAUGACCGCAAGAGUCCCUAUUUCUUUAAUUUAUUUUACAGAGUGAGACUUUUGUACUUGUAAUAUUAUAUAUUCUUUGGCCUUGUUGAGAUCUGCGUGUGUGUGCGUGCGUCGUUUCGAACAUUUGUACGUAGUUUCAAUACUACUUGAGCGUAGGAAGUUGUUGGAAGAACACUUUGGAAGCUCUGCUAAACUAUCUCCACACUUCUCUCGUCCUGUAGGAGAUGAGAUUGUGUCUUCUCGUGUUUCAACUUGUAAAUAUUGAUGUUUGAAUAGAAAGUGUCCAUUGUUGCAACAAUGAUUACUCUGUUAUUUCCUUAUAAGAUUAACUAUAUUUUAGGCAUAUAAAUAAAAUUAAAUACUUAAAUAUCAUUGAAGUUAGUAAACAAAGUUGUUAGGUACUCUGCAAUAGUGAAAUAUAAAAUUAGUGAUGUUAAACCCAUGUAUAGUUUUGUGGUAGCAAUAUAUUAUCAGUAUAAUUCAAACUUGAGUAAUGCGGUGAAUUAGUAUAGUCUUGUAGAUCUAAAAGAAACAUUUAGUUCACAAACCAAACAAAAUUUCAUCUAUUGUCCUUACUGGAUAUCGAUUCGUAUCCCAGACAGCCUAUACACAAAUCAAUUUCGAACUCAAUUUGCCAAAGCUGACAUUAUGUACACUCUACUCAGAUAGCAAACGUGCAUUCACAGUAAUAAGCACUAGUUAUGCACUAUAAGGCGCUCUAUAGUUCCUAGUAUCUAGAAGUGAGAAAAUAUUUCGUGACUGUAGGAACCUGCUUGAAGAGUUUAUAUAUCUCGAUCUUAACCCGGGGGUCACUGUAAGUUAUUGAUACUAAUCGCGAAAAUGCAUUCUAAUUAAAUUAAAAAAGAUAAGAAAUAGUGGUUCUAAUUCAACUUGCUAAAUUUCACCAAAACAAACGUACCUAUAUUAAAAUUGGAAUUGCAAGUUAAAUAAAAACAAUAUCGUUAUGAAGUUUUUGGGUGGGAAACGUUUUAAAUGAAUAAAAUAUGUUCUAUAUAAUUUUAAUUAAACUUCAAACAAUGCAAUUAUAUUAUUGUGGUUAACAAAUAGUUAAAAAAAACCUCUAAACUGCAUAUGAAGUUCUUGUACACGUUGCUAGGAUGACACAAGAUUUCAACCGCCAUGAAAGACAUUACUAACACGGCUACCAUAUUUAUGUUCUCCUGGUGUCCAUGUCGCGUCGUGCACAUGACGUCAGAAUAUAUUAAGAUAUACUCACGUCACACAUAAGACAACCUCUUCUUCAACUAUGAGCGCCUGGUACCAAAACACGGUAUAAUGCUUCCUUUCUGAUUUUCUCCCACGUUAAAUCUUAUGAAUUUAUGUGUCUGUCUGUCUCUUUUAACUGUCGCUUUAAAUCAUUCGUAGAGAACGAGUAAUGUAUUCUAUCUCAUUCUCUCGCCAGAUGAAUCCUUUACAUUUACCUGUUUGUGUCUCUAUCGUCUCGCUAUUUCGUUUCAUCGAGUUUGAAAUCACAACGAGCACAAAUGAGACGACAAAAACGGCACGGCUAGUUUCUUCACUCAUUUGCUUGCGAUAAUUAACUUGUAAGACUUUAAUUGACGCCUAUACGAUUCCAACGGAAUCAAUUUAGAUAAAAAUAAUGUCUUUUUAUUCAUCAUUCAACACGCUUUCAAUCGAGUCGUCAGAUUGAUAACAUAAUUGAACUGUAGAUGGGCCAUUUAACACAACUUUGUUUAUAAUUGCCGUGAAGUAAGUAUUUGGUAUUUAACAUAUAUAUAGCAUCGACAGUAACGCUUGCAUCAUAUCAUUAACUUGUCAAAUUAUAUAUUUUAAAAUUAUACAUAAGUAAAGUAAUUUUCAUAUAAAAUUGGUUAAAGUUUCAUAUUUUAUACUUAUUGGCUAUGAGUAUUGUUUUAGCGUUAACUUAACAAUUUAGCGCUCCCUAUUCGUAGAUAUCCUAAUUUAUAUAUUUACAAACUGUAUAUAGAGAAAUAUUAUUUAAUAAUUAUAAAUUUAUCACUUUUAAAAUUUAGUAAAGCUUAGCUUAAACUUUGAUUAGCAACCCUCUCACACGAUAAUUCUUAUAUUUUGUUGUCGGCAUAUAAUUCGCGUUUAACAUUAAAAUCUUACUUGACACCAUUUAGGUAAUAUUUAAACUACGUUACUAGAGAAC